CCAAGGUCAAAUACACAAACUUCUGCGGACAACCUGGCGCGCGUGUUGACGCUGACAGAUCAAUCUAUUACAAAGAGGGCCACGAGCGUGAAACACUCAUCUUCAGGCUUUCCAACCUAAUCCUCUGGUAUGGGCCACGCAAGCACUAUAAGCGUAUACAGAGAGUAUGGGUCGACGAGAUCAUCAAUGCCCCGCGCUGGAAAGACUUUAUCACCCAACUAGAUAAGAGUGGGCGGGGUACACGCUCUAUUGCCUAACAUCAUCGAUCCCUACAAUAAUAUUGCGGUAUACAUGUCAGCUCUUUGUUCUGUGGGUUCGCUUGUAGUUUCUGUGCUGCUUGUCGACCAAAGCCAAGACUAUCAGGACUGCCGAAGGCGGGGUAUGCUUUCUUUUUCAGCUUUGUACAUGUCCCUGAUGACCAGCGCAAUUCCCGGAAUUGAAAACUUGGCAUUGAUGCAUAGCUUGUCGUUUGGACUUCUUAUAUGGGCGAUGGUGUUCUUCGGCCUGGCUUUGUCUAUCCUCAUUUUCCAUACCAGCGACGUUGUAACGCUCGCGACGAUGGUCCCUGGAUGGACAAUAGUCAUGAUAUUCACGUUGUGGCCUACGAUGACUACUCCUGUCGGAUGGCUACUGAAUUUUACGAAAUCCUUACCCCGUCAGCCAAAGCGUGUCGUCCGAUAUCUGCGUGACUCGAGACACUCAGAAUUGGACCAAACGCUCGAGAUGAGCGAUCGAGUUGCGUAAUGAUCUACAUAUUCCGAUUAUACCACUACUUCCUUACUCAUGUACCACCGACGCGUUUCUAUAUCCAUGGUUAGUAGGCUUCCAGGAUAAGUUGGGAGCAUAUACUAGUAUAUAUUCUCCGAAUUUUGUAGUGCAGCCGCUUGGUUUCUCCGCUCUUAUUCCAAACAUUGGUUAUGGUUUCAAAGCCACGAAACUUCAUCGAUUCAUCGUUUACGCGUGGAGUCGGCAGAUUAUGAUCCCACACUUCGAGAAUUAGUCCAAAUCAUUUCAAAAUUUCACUAUUCGAGAGCUCCAAGCUAUUAAUUAUGUAAAUGCAAUCUAAACUGGUUGGCC